AUGUUGCAACAUACCGUUGUGGAAUGGGUCGCUGUGAUCGCGGAAAUUACAUUUUGGUAUAAUUUACCACAUCUGCCGUUGCAGACUAAAUCCCCUUUAGAUUUUCUUAACGAAUGUUGCAUGCAACAUACCGUUAUUGAAUGGGUCGCUGUGAUCGCGGAAAUUACAUGUUGGUAUGAUUUGCCACAUCUGCCGUUGCAGACUAAAUCCCCUUUAUAUUUCCUUAACGAAUGUUGCAUGCAAUAUACCGUCAUAGAAUGGGUUGCUGUGAUCGCGGAAAUUACAUGUUGGUAUAAUUUGCCACAUCUGCCGUUGCAGACUAAAUCCCUUUAUAUUUCCUUGACAAAUGUUGCAACAUACCGUUAUUGA